AACGUUGUCGGUGGUAGUGAGCGGCGGAUUGGAGGGAUCGCGCUCACUCGGCCGGAGGUGUGUGGGGUUGAAUUGCCAGCCGGGCGGAAGAGAGGUGUCGACAUUGCGGUCGGGUCACCCGUGCCGCCGACGGCGUCGAGUUCUCGCUUCUCUCAUUACCGUCAGGGAACCGCGGCCCGCAGUUAGUAGUAGUCACACGUCGGGUGCGCUCGCGACAUGUGAUUGCGUCCGGCUACACGAUUAUCACACAGCACGCGCGUGUUUGAUGAUGACAGGAAAAUGUGAACCGGAUCCUUCUUUUUCCGUAUUAGCCGCCCCGACGUCCGCAAGAAUCCACGAUAGCAACAAUAACGCCGCAGCAGCGGCCACUGUGACCACAACCCCAGUGACGGCCACCGUGCAUCCCUUUAGCAAAAGAGAACCGAUUGUCACUAGUUCUUCUUUGGUUUUUUCACAAACGUCUAAUCAAAAGGAUGGUAAACGGGCUAACAAACCACUAAUGGAGAAAAGAAGACGUGCGAGAAUAAACCAAUCAUUAGCACUUUUAAAAACUCUCAUUUUAGAUUCCACUAGGACCGAGAACACAAAACACUCAAAAUUGGAAAAAGCUGACAUAUUGGAGCUCACCGUGCGCCAUUUGCAACGCCAAAAAGUACUGAGCUCAGAUGUCAGAGAUAAAUAUCGGGCCGGCUUCCAAGAAUGCGCAAGAGAGGUUACCAGAUUUUUAGAAUGCCCAGAAUUACACAUGUGUAGCGCUGGGGCUGGUAAUCUGAUCACGCCCGGCGCUACAGUAAUCGAACCAGCCGUCAAACAGCGUCUUUUAAGACAUUUGGACACCUGUUCGUCUGAAAUCGAUUUAGAUUUUAGUAAUUCUACGGUGGUCAUACCCGACGACAUGAUUGGUGGCGACGAAGAAUCAAAUUGUAGUACUGCGGACAGUAGGAACGAUCGAAUAAAAUCAGAACCUCCGAAAAAACGUACUCGGAGCAGAUCCGUCGGCGUAGAAGAUAAAUCGAUCGAUCGCAGUGGACUUACAGCUAGUGUGGUCGUUGCUCCUUCAAACGACCCUACCCAACCUCUGUCUGUAGUACAACUUCCAGAUGGACAAGUUGUGUUCUUAUUACCUAGCCACUAUGUGCACUGUCAACAGAAUCCGGGAGGCGAAGGGAGGGCUCAAGGAGAAGAGCCCAUUGAUUUCAGUGUGAAAAGAGAACACGAACAUGACAGUAUGUGGAGACCUUGGUGAAGUAGACGUCUUAUUUAUAGAGGAAACAUAGAUAUUUGAUUUUUGUUUAAUUUAUUUCCCUUUACUUAUAUUUCUAAAAUAAAAUUAUUAUUAUUUUUUUUUUUUGACUGUGAUACAGAUAAGAAAUGACAGUUUUCAUCUCUAAUACACAUAUUUUUAUUGUGUUUCUAUAAUAAUGACAUAGUCCGAUCUUCCUUAAAAGUCAUAAACAUGAAUGAAUACUGUUCAUUAAUUAAUAGUAAUUUUUUAAUUAAGAAUUAAACAAAUUUAUUACCUCCUUAGUUCUUCUAUAUCUUGUAUUACUUAGAAUAGAUAAAAAAAUCAAAAGUAAAGUUUUCUAUUUCUUUUUUUUAUAAGCAAUGUGCAAUAUUUAUGAAUUUUUUUUUUUAGUCACCAAUCUUAAAAAAUAUAAAUCAAUUUAAGUUUUGUUUAUUAUUGUUGUUGAUACAUUUUAAUUAUUAUUAUUAUUAUUAUAUUAUACAUUUUUAUUUAAUAUUAUUGAAUUAAAUAUA